UCAGCAGAAGCGGCAGCGGACUGGCGGGUCGUGUGGCUUGGCGUGGUGGGUGAAGGGGUGCUGCGAGAAGGGAUGGACGGGGCGGCCGGGGAGGGGGAGGGGCGGGUUGAUGGUGAUGGUGAAGCCGGGCUGAUUGCGAAUAGCGCGAGUCUCGUUGUUGUUGUGGCGGAACAGCUUUAGUGUGCCGUCUUGCUGUCCGGUGGGGCGGCGGAGGGCCACAUUGCGGCCGACGAGCAUCCACUGCACACAGAAACGGGGCAGUGCCAGGAAAUCCUGCAGUCAACACACACAUCCGGCAGCUCACCUAUUGCCUCUUCUGUGUGUCGUGCUUACCGCCCUGGUGGCGUGUGUCUGCAGGUCUCCAGCACUCACAGUGACCGGCAGCUGGCAAUUGCCGCAAUGCUUGGCGACUCUGAGUGUGUCGCCCACCUCCCGCCAGCCGCCCUCGCCCCCCUCCCCCACCACCCACAUGGCCUUCAUCACAUCGCCGUGGCUCAGCUGAUCGUCGAACUGCACCACACCGCCCGCCCCCGCCCGCUCGAUGGCCGUCCGCAGCCGAAGGCGGCGGACGAUCGGCCGGAGGGCAUCUCUGAUGGCUCGAGCUGUCGACUUGAGGUGGGCGAUGGUGGUAAGGUCAGACAGUGCGAUGACGAUGCUCAUGGGGUUGGCUGGGAUGUCAGUCAGGUGCAACCGUCGCGCCUGAUGACACACAGACAGAAGGACAUGCACACAACACACGCAUAAGCCAUGCACACCACAUCAGUGUGGGCCUUGUGUUUGUGCCUGCCUGUGGUCACUCCCCCACUGACCUGUGUGCGGCGAUGUCUUGUGAGUGCGAUGGUCGAGUUGACGGUCUCUGCCAACUCGGCCAGCAGGUCGGACACGGCAGCAAACUGACGACUCACCUUGGCCACCAUCUGACGAAUGACACAACACGACGAGAGCGACGCCAAGCAAAGUAGACUCCACAGACCCACAGAGGGCCUUGUGGUGUGUGGUGUGUGUGGCAGCCUGCGGCACCAGUGGUGCCACCGAAGCAGCGGUGUCCAUCUGCAGAAGUUGGUCGAUGUAGCUGUCGACCUGCACACACACACACAAGCAAGCAGACGCUGAGCUUUGGAUGCACUGCAUGGAAUGGACGAGUCGGUAUGUGUGUUGGUUAGCUGAUACCUGAGCCUGCUUCAGCCGAUAGGCUUGAACCUGCGGCAGCGCGCCCGUAUCACCGCGCUCAUCUGCACCAAACCGAAUGACAAACCACACACAGAGAGCACAAGUGAUUCACGUCAUGAUGUAGGGAUUUGCCUGGCCUGCAGCUCCCUCUCUGUCACAAAAUAGCUCUGUCACCUGGGCGGCGGCACUGGCAGCCAUCGUGCACCCAAGUCGCGAAAGCUAUGAAUCGGAGUGCUGUUUUGUGGCGUCAACGGGCCCUGAACGCCUCUGCCGUCGCUCUCUUCGCUCCUUUGCCUCUUCCCGAUCGGAG